AUGGAGCGUGAAAGAGAGCUCGCUCGGCAGCUACUUAAGGAUGGGCGGAAGGAUCGGGCGCUCCUUCUGUUGAAAAAGAAACGAUACCAAGAGAAUGUUAUCGAAAGAACACUCAAGCAGUUGGACAAUAUAGACAGAAUGGUACACGAUUUGGAAUUUGCUGAUAUUCAACAGCGAGUAGUUGAAGGCCUUCGCCAAGGAAAUGACGCGCUCAAGAAGAUGAACGCUAUCUUUGACAUGGAUGAAAUCGAAAAACUAAUGGAGGAAACAAAGGAGGCCGCGGAGUUUCAAGAGGAAAUUUCUGCACUUCUUACUGGACAAUUGUCGACGACCGAUGUCGAAGAGGCGGAGCAUGAGUUGCAACAGUUAUUGGCUUCUCAAGCAACCGACAUUGUUCUACCAGAUGCUCCAGCUCAUGAGCUUCCUCACAGAGAAAGAGAGAAAGAAACUGCCGGUAAGAAACGGAAGGCAGUUGAAAUGGAAGUGUGA